AUGGAGGUCCUCAUGGUCAGCCUUGGGCAUCCGGCCAGCCUCGUCAAGACGUUCGAUGAUGUUGCGAUGUUCCUCAAGCUCCUUCGCUACCCGGAGCACACUUUCAAGGACCCACGCCAGUUCGGCUCCGGGCAACACACGGACUACGGUGGCAUUACCAUCCUCCUCCAGCAAGCGGGCCAGGACGGACUGGAGGUCUGGCACGCUGCUACCAAGCAGUGGAUCGCACUCCCUGCUGUUGAGGACAAGUUCGUCAUCAACCUGGGCGACCUGAUCCAGAAGUGGACUGGGGCCGAGUACAAGAGUACUCUCCACAGGGUCAUCAACAAGACGGGUGCCGAGAGGUAUGCCGUGCCUGCGUUCUGGCACGGUAACCUAAACUCCACGAACCCCCUAAACCCCACUGACGGAGAUACCGAGACAGUGCAGCAGCACAUCAAGAAGAAGUUCUACAAAGGUUACGGGCUGGUGGAUGAGGUUGCUGUUUCCUGAUUGUUUUGAUAAGGCUUGCAUUUGCUCUCGUAUCCUAACAAACAGUCAUAUUUCCUUAGUGUCAAAUGCCGAUAGCUUCAAGGUUCCGGGCUCCUUGGGUCUGGUCUAUGCGGUAUAGUUAGUUAUGAUAUAGAAACAAGUGAUCAGUGAUUAUAUAUAUACAAACAUUCUC